ACUACUGCGCAGGUUGCAUUGCUGUAAAUGCUUCAUGGCCACUGCUGACGUCGGAUUGAACAUACAUUGGGUUUUACUGUUUCGCUGCACGGAUAGCGCCGUAAUCAGUCUGGUAUUUACGAGGCUACCCUUACUGGGACUCAGCUAAUAACAAUAUCUGGACUCUCGAAGAGCAUAUAGUUCCAAGUGGCUCCCGGGUAAAAGUAGACGAUGACAAACAACAGGAUUCGUGGUGGAUAGGGUGUUGAACGUUUUAUUGACUCUAAUAGAUCAGAAACGUUGAAGAAAGAAUAGCUUCCACGAUGGAUCGGGACAGAGCUAGCCCAUCCCCCUUCACCCUGCUGGAGUCCCCUGGUCACAACUCUCCUGGUAGAGCCUUACUGCAGGGUCUGAAGAGGGUGUCUUUGUGGCUGGUCGACUGCAGGAAAACACCAGGGCAGAGUGGAACUGUGAGAGAAGGACACGAGGAGGAGGGAGAUGGAGAUUUGAUUUCAUCAAGAGACACCCCUAAAUGUGGGAGGGUCUCAUCAUCUGCGGAACUUCAACCACAUGUUGCUGACGAGGCAUUGAAGAGUUUCUCCAGAUCAGAACACUUCAAGAAACACCAGCAGAGAUGUAAAAGGAAGAAACCUCACCAUUGCUGCUCUGACUGUGGGAAGAGUUUCACUAGCCGGAGUGGCUUCAUUAUUCACCAGCGGAUUCACAAUGGCGAGAGACCGUACUGCUGCUCUCAGUGUGGGAAGAGUUACAUCUCUACAGGGGGUCUUAAAGUACACGAAAUAACCCAUACAGGAGAGAAACCUUACAGAUGCUCACAAUGUGGGAAGAGUUUUGCUGCAUCUAACACCUUAAAAUCUCAUCUGAGAAUCCAUACAGGAGAGAAACCGUACAGCUGCUCUCAGUGUGGGAAGGGUUUUACUGCAUCUAACACCUUAAAAUAUCAUCUGAGAAUUCAUACAGGCGAGAGGCCUUAUCCCUGCCUUGGUUGUGGGAAAAGCUUUGUUAGUGCAGGAGCCCUAACCAUACACAAGCGGAUACACACUGGAGAGAAGCCUUAUAGCUGUGAUCAGUGUGGAAAGAGCUUUGCUCUAGCUUCCGUGCUGACUUCACACCAGCGCAUACACACUGGAGAAAAACCUUACAGCUGUGAUCAGUGUGGAAAGAGCUUUGCUCUAGCUUCCACCCUGACUAGACACCAGCGAACACACACAGGAGAGAAGCCUUAUAGCUGUGAUCAGUGUGGGAAGAGCUUUGCUCUAGCCUCCAUCCUGACUACACACCUGCACAUACACACUGGAGAGAAACUUUAUAGCUGUUAUCAGUGUGGGAAGAGCUUUGCUCGAGCUUCCACCCUGACUAGACACCUGCGAGCACACACUGGAGAGAGAAAUUAUGUCUGUCUAUGUGGGAAGAGCUUUGCUAUAUCAGGACAUCUGAGUAGACACCAGCGAACUCAUACAGGAGAGAAACCUUAUAGCUGUGAUCAGUGUUGGAAGAGCUUUGCUCUAGCUGACAGUCUGAAUACACACAAACGAACACACACUGGAGAAAAGCCUUAUAGCUGUGAUCAGUGUGGAAAGCGCUUCAGUCAAUCAGGGACCCUAAAUUCCCACCAGCGAACACACACAGGAGAGAAGCCUUAUAGCUGUGAUCAGUGUGGAAAGCGCUUCAGUCAAUCAGGGACCCUAAAUUCACACCAGCGAACCCACACUGGAGAGAAACCUUAUGUUUGUCUAUGUGGAAAGAGCUUUGCUCAGUUAGGAUCAAUGAAAAAACACCAGAAAACAAAAACGUGUGGUCUUUGGUCUCCCUCCUAUCCGGCACCGGUUCCAGAUCCCUAAAUAAAGGGUCAACAGAAAACAGUCAUAUCCAUCUCCCAUUCUUAAACAGUUGACUUAGUCUGAUCACCAUGGUAACCUCUGGAG